GCAAUGCAAUGCAAUGCAAUUCCUGAUGGACACUAUCGACAGACUGCAUGUACUCCUAUAGGUCGCUGCUUUGUCUUCAUCGAUCUGUCUGUAUGUUCUCUCACUCCAUCUCUGAUCUCUCUCUUUCUCGUGUGCUGUGGCCUGUGGGCGUGCCUUGCUUGCAUCCAUCAGUUUCAGGUGAUCAGUAGCCUCCCUCCAUCUCCAUGCCGCCAUACGGUACGGUUCCCUCUCUCCAGCACUCACUAGUCAUCACCUAGCGAUAGAUAUGGAUCUACUAUACAUGCAUGAAUGCGCUAUAUAUCAUGUGAUAUAUACGAUGGCCAAAUCCCAAUACCAAUCUCAAUAAAGAAGAAGAAGAAGAAGAAAGGCAAGCUAGCCACCGGAGUACAGCCACCGGAGAAGAGAGGAGGAAGAAGAACGACACACCACAUCGAGGAGCGAGGUGCUUGGAUUGCGCUGUUGCAUCAUCCUCCAGCUGCUAGCUGCUCAUACCCAUAGCUGGCUCGCUCAGAAUUAUAUAUAUUUCUGAUCGAGUCAGAUCGAAAUGGCUUCCAAAGGUCUUCCGCGCGACUCCCGGGGUUCCCUCGAAGUCUUCAACCCCAACUCCGGCGCUUCUUCUUCCUCCUUCCUCCGCCCACCAGCAAAGCCGUCCACUUCCCCAUUCUCCAGUCUUGCCGGGGAUGUGCAGCAGCAGGAGGAGGAUAAGGAGGACGUGGUGGGCAGGGCCGCGCAGAGGGCCGCCGAGUGGGGCCUCGUGCUCCACACCGACGAGCACACCGGCCGCCCCCAGGGCGUCGCCGCCCGCCCCUCCGGUUCCUCCCGCAGCAGCGGCAGCAUCGACGAGAGGACCAGCGGCGGGGACGGCGGCGGCAGAGCGCUCCCCCGGGUGUCGGAGGAGCUCCGCGCCGCGCUGUCGGCGUUCCAGCAGACGUUCGUGGUGUCGGACGCCACCCGCCCCGACCACCCCAUCCUCUACGCCAGCGCAGGCUUCUUCAACAUGACCGGCUACUCCUCCAAGGAGGUCGUCGGAAGGAACUGCCGCUUCCUUCAAGGCUCCGGGACCGACCCAGCAGAAAUUGCAAAGAUCAGACAAGCUCUUGCAGCUGGAUCCAACUACUGCGGUCGCGUUCUUAAUUACAAGAAGGAUGGUACGCCAUUCUGGAACCUCUUAACCAUUGCCCCCAUCAAGGAUGAGGAUGGCAGGGUCCUCAAGUUCAUCGGGAUGCAAGUGGAAGUGAGUAAAUACACUGAAGGGAACAAGGACAUGGUUGUUCGUCCAAAUGGAUUGCCAGAAUCACUCAUCAAAUAUGAUGCAAGACAGAAGGAUCAGGCCCGUAGCUCGGUGUCUGAGCUUUUGCUGGCUCUCAAGAAUCCACGGUCACUGUCAGAAUCAAGAAAUAGCACCUUCAAAAGAAAAUCUCAGGAAUCAGAAGGUGUGUUUCCGAGUGAUGGUCCUGGCAAAAGAAGCUCUGAAAGUGGGUCUCAUCGUAACUCUCGCAGUGGAAUUAGAAGCUCUCUGCAGAAAAUCAGUGAAAUACCCGAAGGAGGGAAUAAAACUAGAAAAUCUGGUUUGCGUUCAUUUAUAGGUUUUCUUGGUAUGGGCCAUGGAAAUGUAGAGAAGAAUAUGCUGAAACCAAGAGAAGAAGAUCCACUACUUGACAGUGAUGAUGAAAGACCUGAGAGCUUUGAUGAUGAGCUUAGGAGAAAAGAAAUGAGAAGGGGUAUAGACUUGGCUACUACACUUGAACGUAUUGAAAAGAAUUUUGUCAUCACCGAUCCAAGAUUACCUGAUAAUCCAAUUAUAUUUGCAUCGGAUAGCUUUCUGCAAUUGACAGAAUAUAGCCGUGAAGAGAUAUUGGGAAGAAAUUGCAGGUUUCUUCAAGGCCCUGAAACUGACCGUGGGACAGUUAAGAAAAUAAGAGAUGCCAUAGAUAACCAAACAGAGGUCACAGUUCAGCUGAUAAAUUAUACAAAGAGCGGUAAAAAGUUCUGGAACCUCUUUCACUUGCAACCGAUGCGUGAUCAGAAGGGUGAUGUUCAGUACUUCAUUGGGGUUCAAUUAGAUGGAACUGAGCGUGUUCCUGAUGCUGCUGCAAAAGAUGGUGCCAUGCUGGUUAAGAAAACUGCAGACAAUAUUGACGAGGCGGCAAAGGAACUUCCAGAUGCCAAUUUGAGACCAGAGGAUCUAUGGGCAAAUCACUCAAAACUAGUCUUGCCAAAGCCACAUAUGAAGGAUACUGCAUCAUGGAGAGCCAUCCAAAAGGUUCUUGAGAGUGGUGAAAGCAUCGACUUGAAACAUUUCAGGCCAGUAAAACCUUUAGGGUCUGGUGACACUGGCAGUGUGCACUUGGUGGAGUUGCUAGGCACAGGUGAAUACUUUGCCAUGAAAGCUAUGGACAAAAGUGUCAUGCUUAACCGAAACAAGGUCCAUAGAGCUACUGCUGAACGACAAAUCCUUGAUAUGCUGGACCACCCGUUCCUUCCGACAUUAUAUGCAUCAUUUCAGACAAAGACACAUAUAUGUCUCAUUACUGACUACUGCUCUGGUGGGGAGCUCUUUAUGCUACUUGAUAGGCAACCUUUGAAGGUUCUAAAGGAAGAUGCGGUCAGGUUCUAUGCUGCAGAAGUGGUCGUUGCACUGGAAUACCUGCAUUGCCAAGGUAUAAUCUACCGAGACUUAAAACCGGAGAAUAUUUUACUUCAUAGAGAUGGGCACAUUUCCUUGACAGACUUUGAUUUGUCUUGCUUGACAUCAUGCAAACCACAGGUGUUUCUUCCGGAAGGUGCCGAUAAGAAAAAAAGGAGGAAGAGCAGGAGUUGUCCCAUAUUUUUUGCUGAACCUAUGCGAGCAUCCAAUUCGUUUGUUGGUACAGAAGAGUACAUUGCACCUGAGAUUAUUACUGGAGCAGGUCAUACAAGUGCUGUUGAUUGGUGGGCGCUAGGAAUUCUUCUGUAUGAAAUGCUGUAUGGUUAUACGCCCUUCAGAGGAAAGACGAGACAAAGGACCUUUGCUAAUAUUCUGCAUAAGGACAUCAGAUUUCCUGCGAGUAUAUCGGUGAGCCUGGCGGGGAGGCAGCUGAUGUACCGGCUGUUGCACCGGGACCCUGCAAACAGGCUGGGCUCAUACGAGGGAGCUAACGAGAUAAAGCAGCACCCCUUCUUCCGCGGCAUCAACUGGGCGCUUGUUCGCGCCACGGCUCCCCCGAAGCUGGAGGUUCCCCUGUUUUCGUCGGAUGGCGGCGGCAUGGGAGCUCAGACUGACACUGAGAAGCAGGAGGGGCCAGCAAUGAUGAGCGACGCUGCUGCUGAUGUCUUCUGAACGAAGAUGAAGAUGCAUGCAUGAUAAUAUAUCAAGCUACUCUAGAUGGAGACGAUAAGAUGCCUUAUGCCUCGAUCGUGUACCAUGGAUGAUCCUCUGCUCAGUGCAAGGAUCGAUGCCUUGCCUACAAUAUAAUAAUGUCGUCGAUCGUAACUGCCGUUUUUAGUCAUAUCAUAUACUUAUAUAUGUAUGUAUGUACAUGCAGAAGGUAUAUAUGAUAUGAGCGAGAAUAACAAUUAAGGAUCAUAUCGAGCUAGAGUUGUUCAGUCGGUCGCUCCUGUAAAACUAUCCCUCCGUUUAAAAAUACAGGGAAUAAAACAAAAUGAAACGGGAUGGUUUUGCUUA